ACCGGCCCCGCCGUAGCCCCCGCCCCGUUCCCUUCGGCCUCGUCAGCCCUCAGCGCGGAGCCGCCCUCAGCGCCCCAUGCGCCUCCCGGUCGCGCAUGCUCGGCGGCAGGGGCCGGCGGCGGGGCGGCGGCGGGCGCCAUGGUGUACAUCUCCAACGGACAAGUGCUGGAUAACCAGAGUCGGGCUCCUUGGAGUUUGUCAUCUAUAACAGAUUUCUUCUGGUCAAUAGCAGAUUUUGUGGUUCUGUUUUUCCAGAGCAUUAUUCAACCAGAUCUGAGAAGAAGAGGCAACACGUCCUCCUAUUUAGGACACAAUGAUGGAAGAGGGCAUCCAGGAAAUCCUCGCCGUAGAAUGGGUCGAAUAAAUCACUGGGGCGGAGGCCCCAAUCCACCACCAAUGGCAGGAGGUGGAUGAGGAAGGUAA